AUGCUCAGUAACUGCGGGCUAUUACUUUUCUCCUGUAUUUUUUUUUUCCUUCUAGAGCUUCUCCAGAGGCACAAAUUGCUUAGCCCUUCUAUAAAUACAAGGGGCUCAAACCAAGAGGCUCCAGCAAGCUACUGCUCAUUCCCGAGGUGCUUCUGCGGGUUCCCAAGGAAGCAGCAUCCCAUGGCGUUGCUCCUGAGACUUUGCGGCUUGCUCUUGGCUCUCAGCAGCUGCCUUGUCUGGACAGUGCAGGCGGACUGCAGCAAGGACUGCGCCUCCUGCUCCUACCGGCUGGGUCACCACGCAGAGAUCAACCCCCUGGCAUGCACACUAGAAUGUGAAGGAAAACUGCCUUCUGCCAAAGCCUGGGAAACCUGCAAGGAGCUUGUGCAAUUGACUAAACUGGAUCUUUCUGAGGAAGGCAACAGUGCUCCGGGGGACAACAAGAAAGAACAGGAUGAGAACCAUUUGCUAGCAAAGAAGUACGGUGGCUUUAUGAAAAGGUAUGGUGGCUUCAUGAAGAAAAUGGAUGAGCUUUAUCACGUAGAACCGGAGGAGGAAACAAAUGGAGGAGAGAUCCUUACUAAGAGGUAUGGAGGGUUUAUGAAGAAAGACUCCAAUGAUGACGCCCUGGCUAAUUCCUCUGAUCUGCUGAAGGAGCUUCUGGGAACAGGGGCCAACGCUGAAGCCUCACAUUACCGACAGAUAAAUGAUAAUGAUGGGGAGGUCAGCAAAAGAUAUGGAGGCUUCAUGAGAAGCUUCAAGCGCAGUCCAGAACUGGAAGAUGAAGCCAAAGAGCUGCAAAAGAGAUACGGUGGCUUUAUGAGAAGAGUAGGGAGGCCAGAAUGGUGGCUGGACUACCAGAAACGUUAUGGUGGAUUUCUUAAGCGCUUCACUGAUCCUUUUCUCCCUUCAGAUGAAGAUGGGGAAAGUUAUUCCAAAGAGGUUCCAGAGAUGGAAAAGAGAUAUGGUGGAUUUAUGAGAUUUUAA